CUCUACAUGUGUGCAGACUCUUCUCGUGGAGGCAAGCAAAGAAAACCCAAAUGUCAUCAUAGAGUUGUCAAAUGAUGAUUGGAUGAAAGACCCUGAUGUCGAGCUCCCCCCAGUUGUGCUGUUGGAAUGCACAGAAAAUGAAAAAGAAAGACAGAUAGAGAUGUGUCUGCCCUUUUUUUAAAGGAAUGGAUGAGGUUUUAAAGAAGGGCAGGUCAGUCAGAUCAUUUGUGAAGACAAUGUUGAAAGCUAGUGGUGAGGAUUAUGAGACCUUAAGCCGGGUUCACACUGUGCGAUUUUGCCCAUGAUUUGGCCAUCUGAGACAGAUUUAGCAAAUCCUAAAAGAUUCCUCUGAUCCUAGGGUAAAAUCUGAAGUCUUUGAUCGUUAGUUUGACAUGUUCACCAACCUAUUAUGACUGUUGAGAUCAAAUUUUACCUCAGACGAAAUUCCGGCACUCUGAGAAGAUUUGGCGCACAGUCCUGCAGUGUGCUCACACACACAUUGACAGUGGAGUAUUUUUAUUUAUUUUUUAAAUGAUAUGAGUUGUGGUCAGUCACAGAGAGGCAUUGUUUUGUAUUGCUCUUUUGUAUUGUUUCAAUAAACCUGUUUGUGAAGCAUGCAUGGUGUAGCCUCUGUUUUUGCUUUUUUUGUCUAAUUGUUACAACUUACCCCAGCAUGUGUUACAACCUACCCCAAUACCGGCACACAUAUGUAUUAGACAUUAACUCAUAAGGGCUGUGAAAUUCUUACAGAGGUUUAAAUUGGUGCUUUUUGUAGAAAACAAGUGUGGGUACUUUGUAUAAAAGUUUGAGCACUCUAGCUCAAAAAUGAUGCAUUUGGCACACUUAACUGGAAACACUUCAGGAUUUUCGAAGUAGUCAACUGGUCGGUUGAAUUCUACAGGAUGUCCGAGAGAUGUGUGUGUGUGUCGUGUUCUUUAAUGGUCCGCCUGGAAACAAAUGCUGUGACGCCAAUCCCCCUUGUGGAAGAAGAACGUUGUUGUGUUUAAAACUGUGACAAUGAGCGCUUACCAGGAUCCAACUAAAUGCUGGAUUUUCAAUAGUAUGUGAAGUUCUUGGAUCCAUUGUUGCAGUAAACUUGCACAAUGUUCUUGAAUGAAUAAUUUAUUCAAUGCACAUCAGUCUGUUAUUGUAGGGACAUCGACUUUUCAUGCCCCUAAACAUAAUGCAGAACAAAACGAACUGUGGUUGCGUCAGUCAAAUGUCUUCUUGGGCAGUCCUUGGCCAAUGAGAGCUGCAAUAGAGUUCAGACCUUCUGCCAUCAGUCUGAAGGUCUGGCUAUGCGAAACUACCCUCAACCAAAUUGAGAAGCUAAAGUUCAGCUAAAUGCUUUAUUGUCAUUCCCAAAUCCUGAAAUAAAAUUAAAAUGUAAAUUAAAAAUAUAUAAAAUAAUAUAAAAAUAAAGGUGUAUGACUCUAUCAGCAAAGGAGUGUAGAAUCCAGGGAUAACUUUUAUUUAAAUCAAAAACCACGAAAUUCAAGAAAAUCCAGGCAGAACAGCAUCAAACAGACUAUACAGCAUAAUACCUUAACUAAAACAAACUUAUAACGUGACAGUACACCCCCCUCCCAGAAGGAGCGUCCUCGUGCCAUAAUAAGUCCACAGGGGUGGGAGGGUGAGGCGCCUUGGAGGUUGACGAGGGGCUGGUGAAGGGUGUGACUGAUGCAGCUUAGCCAGGACAAGUAGUCUCCAGGGUGAUACCGGCAAUACAUGCAGGGAGCCAGGAAGGCACCGGUAGCUCAGGGAGCCAGGGAGGUGCCGGUUACUCUGGAAGCCUGGGAGGUGCCGGCAGUGCAGGGACGGGCAUCUCGGGGAUGGCCUCCUUGGCUGUGUCUGGAAGAGCGGGCGACUCUGGAACGGCCUCCGUGGCCAUGUCUGGGAGAGUGGGCAGCUCUGGGACAGCCUGCAUGGCCUUGUCUGGGAGAGCUGACGGCCUCCGUGGCCAUGGACAGGAGAGUAGCCAUUAUGGUCAGCACUGCACUCUGGGGUGUGAGCAGACUCUGGGCUGAGCUCUGGGGCUGGAGUGGACUCGGGUUGGAGCCGACACUGGAGCAGACUCAGGAGCUGGAGCCGACUCUGGACUGUGCUCAGGGGCUGGCGAUGCAGAGGACUGUCUCUUCUUCCUCAGACUCCUCCUUUUGGCUUGGGUUAAAAUGAAUCUGGGACUGAGUGCUGAGGCUAGAGCAGACUCUGGACUGGACUGGACUCACAAAUUGGAGCAGACUCAUGGGAUGGAAUGGGCUAUGGAGCGGAAUCAGGGGUGUAGGGACCGGAGAGGGGAAAAUUUCUUCACCUGGAUGAGAUAAACGCCAGAUCUGCCACAUUCGCUACUAGGUCAGCGCUGUUGAAAACCAUCUUCUGGGCUCAAGGGAAAACUGGAGGAAUGGAUUUGAAUGGGACUGGAUGAGGGUUUCUAUUGUCCUCUUUGACUUCAUCAACCACAAAAACGGAGUCAUUUAGCCAGAGGACGUAAUUGAUGAAAUCAACUAAGGGUAAAUAACAAUGACCAGGAGACAGGAACUGAAAUAACUCAUCAUCCAUUCCCAUCCGAAAGCAGACAUUGAGCGUAGUAUCACUCCAGCUCACCAGAUGGGAAUAAUCCAAAAAUUCCUCCACAUACCGCUCCAGAGGAUGUCCGUUCUGUCGGAGAAAGAAGAGAUGAUCUUCAGCCAUUUCCAUUGUUGAGUCUUUGUAUUGGAUUCUGUCAUGCUGUAUCUCAGAGACUCUCUCAACGAAGUAGUGUAGAAUCCAGGGAAAACUUUUAUAUAAUCAAAAACCAAGAACUCAGGAAAAUCCAGGCAGAACAGCAUCAGAAUAUACAGCAUAAUACCUUGACUAAAACAAACUCAUAACGUGACAUAUACAGUACAUUAGUAAUAAUUGCAUUUAAUUGGUUUUGUAUAUAGUAUGUAAAGUGUGUAAAUGCUUUUUAGAGGCAUGCUAUUCAUGUUUAUGAUUCAUUCUUAAAAAGCAACAUUUAGGAGCUAUUUGCAUAAAUUGCUUUGACUUAGUCUCACAAGUUAGUCAUCUAAGUUUUUUCUUUAAAACUGGUCUAACAUUUUAAGUGAGUUAUAUAACUAAUUUGAGACCAAAAACUAUGCUUUUAUGCAACUGGCCCCAGUAACAAAGGUCACUUCUACUUCUGGUUCCCGGGCUUAAAAAAUGUAAAGACCCCUACAUUAAACCAACACAGCUAGUUGCCAAUUUUCCUCCAGUGUCAACAUGAAAAUAGCAAACCAUUAACUUGAAUUUGUCCCCAUUGCUUCAGCAUAUUUGACAGCCAUAAAAUACCCAGGUAUGUCAUCAGCUGUUUGGGAGAUGUUUUAAAUUGCACAUAGUUACAUGCGAGGUCACAGCUAAUGUGUACUUUCACAUGCACCUACACAACUGCAUAAGAACUGCCUAUAAUAGCAAUUAAAACCUUAAAGCCCUAUGUUUAACAAAUGUUUUGACUUAAUUCAAGUAAUCAGCACAGUUAAUGCUAAAUAAACUAAUGAGUUUUCAUCAAGGAGAAAUUGAUGCCCUUUCACUUGUCACUGGAAUUACAGUUGACAGCUCAGGGCACUUUUGGAAUUAAGGUCACAAGGUAAAGCACCUGGAUGGAUCAGAUUCCGGGCAGCUGUGUGGUAAGUCUGAUUGGAGGACAAUGCUGUCACACCUCAUGAUUUGUUGAAAUGGAGAGUCUGACUCUAUUCCUGGCUUGUGUAGUGGUGAUAUCACCAGCAAUGCUUUCCACUCAGCUGUGCAUCUGGCAUAUUUAUCGAACUGACCUCUCUGAACGCUCAGCCUCUGUGUUGUUGGUGAAAACAAUAAUCAAGGCACUCUUGUUAUGCAAUUUCCCUGCACUGAUCACAUGUCAUUUGUACUAAAAAUACAGGAUAUAGAGCUACUGUGAUAAUAUAAAUAGCCAUAAAAACAGGCAGGUAAGAAGUGGAAAGGGUUGUCAAUAUUAGCCAUGCUCUCCCAAGGUAGUGGGGCGUGCGCUGCGAGUCGAAAGGCCACGUUCUUGACAGAGAGAAGGCGGUCAUCUUUAGACAGCAGUCAGAGGGUUAGGACAGAAAAGACCAGAGGUUAUAGACAACCAGGGUUGCACUUUCUUUGUCCCCCUGUUAUCAAUGACCUGUUAACCCACCAUUGGAGGGACAUGCAGGAUGGAUUCUCUGAUCCAGAACAGCUGAACAGAGUGUUAGAGUUUCAAAGUGAUGAAUUGCUGUGGACUGCUCAGAAACAGGGUCUUUGGUCUUUGGAGUAUAAAAGAGAAGUGACAAGUCCACUGUGUAUUGCUGCUGCACAAGGUUUCACUGAAUGUCUUCAGUAUUUACUGGAGCACGGCGCACACCCCAACCUUAUCGCAGGAGGAAAAGCGGCACUUCAUGAAGCCUGUGCAAACGCCAACACUGAAUGUGUAGAGCUGCUGCUGGAACAUGGAGCUAAUCCUAACCAGAUGACAGAGGAGGGACUGACUGGCUUACAUCUCUGCAAAACACCACAAUCACUACGCUGUGCAAAAGCCUUGGUGAGAUAUGGUGCCAAGGUGAACAUACCCAGUGAGGAAGAGGAAGAAACACCAUUGCAUGUGGCAGCUAGACAUGGUCUGCCCCACCAUGCACAGCUGUACCUACGAUUCGGAAGCUGUGUAAACCAUAGCAGUUCUUCGGGUGAAACGCCACUGGGGGUGGUUUGUGGAGUUGCCCCAGAAAAGACAGACAACAGCCAAGAUGAACGGUACCUCGAGCUCUGUCGUCUCCUCCUGGCCUAUGGAGCAAACAUUAAUUUAGCUGAUAAAGAACGCCGCAGUCCUCUACACAAGGCAGCCCGCAAUGUUCAGCAUAAGAUGGUGGAGCUUCUCUUGGAUCAUGGAGCUGAUAUCAAUGCCAUUGACUAUAACGGAUGUUCACCGCUAUCUAGUGUUCUACAGAGCUCUGUGGUUCGGCAAGAAUGGGAACCUCACAUGGUGGUUCAGACCUUGUUAAAUCGUGGCUCCAUUAAAGUCUGGCCACAAGCACUGCUGAAGGUAUUGACAGCCUGUGCAGAGGCGCCUAAAACUGUGGAAAUCCUGUUUAACUCAUACACACUUGUUCCUGUAACCUACAAAUGGGUCGAGGCCAUACCUGAGGAUACCUUUCUUCUUCACCAACCCUUUUAUGAGUCUCUUUUUGCACUGGAGUAUAAACCACGUAGUUUACAGCAUCUGUGUCGGUCUGCACUAAGAAAGCAGUUUGGGAAAAAAUGCUACUCACUCAUUCCCAGCCUCCCUGUGCCAAAGACAGUACAGCAGUAUCUUCUUCUGGAACCGGAGGGGUACAUUGACUAGAACCAGACCUUUUGGUAAAUAAAACUAGACGGCUUUUUUAGUGUUAUAAAUGAAGUGCAGACAAAGCUGACUUCCUUACAUUUCACUUGCAAAAUCACAAUACAGUGAUAUUUUUUGAAAUAUUUUCAUAUAUAGCUGAUAUUAGUGUAAAUAGCUUUACAAUACAUUUUAUUGUUUGAAUGGCAUUGAAUGUUGUGUAUGCUAUGAAUUCUUCAUUAAUUUCUAUAAAUAUGUAGGCCUAGUUACAGCUCAUUUAAUGUUUUUGUAUAAUUAUUUAGUUAAGAAAUAUUUUUCUUGUUUGCCCUCCAAUAAAAUUAUACCUUUUGACAA